GUGGCCUUCAGCCUUCUCACUGCUUUGAGUGGCUGGGUCUCUAGGACAGCAAGAGCAUUAUGAGCAGCCCUGAAAUCUUCUAACACCCUGCCGUGUCUGUUGCAACUUCAGUUUUCAUCGACAUCAGGUACAACUUCCAACCUGAAGUUGAUCUUCCUAACCUGAUGCAUCGUACAUUAUGGUUCAUGUCAACUUUGUUAGAAAAUGGAUAUACGUCCUCCUGGCAUUUAUUUUGGUUCUGACCAUUUGUUUGUGGAAGGAAUCGCGGAGAGGAUUUUAUGUUUCGUUUAAAACAGAAGACCAAGCCAAUCAUGGACCGUUGAGGCUGUGGAGGUGGAAUAGCCUAAGACAAGAAACUGUCCAGGAUGAAGCCGUCAAUGGCACAGGCAAGCUCCAUUUGCCCAUCAACACAUCUCAAGUUCAUGUUGCCGUCACUACAGUGCCAGCAAGAAGUAAGUUAGUCAUAAAACCUGUGAAAUUGCCAAGUCCCAUCAAAGUGUGGAACAAGGACAGUUUGUCCAGAAACCUCAACGCUAGACUGCAAAAGGUGAGGAAGAAUUAUUUGUAUAUGAACAAAUACCGUGUGAAGUACAGUGGGCCAAAGUAUGCUGCUAAAUCUAGCCCCCAAAAAGUGUUGUGCCAGCUCCGGAAGCAACUGAACUUUGGGAUGAUCACCACAUCAGAUGGGCCCUUCAAUACAUCAGAAUGGGAGACCUACCUGCCAAGGAAGAACAUCAGCAUGGAAGUGGGGCAGAUGGGCCGGUGUGCAGUUGUGUCCUCUGCAGGAUCCAUGAAGUCAUCUCAUUUGGGGGAAGAAAUAGAUCACCACGAUGCAGUGCUGCGGUUUAAUGGAGCCCCUACCAGAGGGUACCAGGCUGAUGUAGGGCAGAAAACCACAAUACGCCUUGUUAAUUCCCAGCUUAUUACUGUAGAAGAACAGAAGUUUGUUACAGAUCCGCAGUAUAAUUCUGGAAUCUUAAUUGUGUGGGAUCCAGCACCAUAUCACUCAGGUAUCCACGAGUGGUACCAAAAACCGGAUUACAAUUUCUUUAAAAGCUACAAGAACUAUCGGAAAAGGCACCCGGAACAACCUUUUUAUAUCCUGAAUCCCCACAUGCAGUGGCAGCUCUGGGAUAUCCUUCAAGAAAACUCACCAGAGGAUAUUCAGCCAAAUCCUCCAUCUUCAGGGAUGCUUGGCAUUGCUCUUAUGAUGAACUUCUGCGACGAAGUGGAUAUUUACGAGUUUCUCCCUUCCAAAAGGCAGACAGACGUUUGCCAUUAUUACCAGAAGUUCUUUGACCAAGCCUGCACUAUGGGCGCCUACCACCCGCUGCUCUUUGAGAAAAAUAUGGUGAAGCACCUUAAUCGAGGCACAGAUGAAGACAUCUACACUCACGGGAAAGUCACUCUAACUGGCCUGAGGAAUGUGCAGUGUUAGACUUGUGAAUCCCCUCUUCUGGGCUUGGAAAAACCCUUCUUGAAUCACAAGGCACUUUGUAAUUUUUUAAAAAAGAAAUUCUAAAGUUGGGCAAGCUGUUCACAAUUAACAAUUCUUCCGUUCAGUACGCCUUAAUUUGUGACUGCAGGGUGGGUUGUUUCUACUAAAAAGCAGGCACAAGAAAGCUCUAGCUGAGGCCUCUAGUGUUUACGAACAUCUUCAUGUUUCAUUGCUCUGUCUCAGAACACUCCAGUCCUUAACUCAGGAACACAUAAAAUCAGGGCUGUGAAUUAAAAGUUAGUUUUGGACUGAGAAUUCUGCAUUUCUGAGAAUCUGUUUCUCUCGCCGCCGCCACCCACAUUUGACGAGUUUCUAUCUCUCAAGGUGGGAGGAUAGAUUGUGUGCACACAAUCGAUGCAAAAUGAAUUUAGAAAGUAGGGAUGCGGAAUAUGUCCGGUGAUUAGGAGUCAGGGCAUCUGUGACUAUCAAUCUCUUAGCAAUGUCUGCUCUUGGUUGUUGGAUGCCAAGGCAAAACCUCAAUGAAGCUUGCUCCCAGGUAAGUUGGCAGAAGAUUGCUGCCAUAGUUCUCCCCCUCCCCCCCAACUCUAAAUACAUUAUCUGAUGUAGCAUUUCAAAAUGCUCCAGAGAAAUCUGUGGGGAAGGGCAAGGCACCAGAAGUCAACUGCUGAACCGUCACAGUGACUGAAGGUUCAGACUAAUGAGCGAAUUUUGAGGCCAAGGCUUUAUAGGCCUGGGUGAGGCCUGUGAAGCCAGUAUCGCAGCCUAGGUGCAAAGCUUAGCCAGGUUUUCAGCAGUGGUCUGAGCAGCACAGGACAAUAGGUCUUGACCCUUGGGUCCCUCUGACACCUUACCUCUGUCAUAGCUAAGAGCCCUUUGUAAGACACACAGAAGUAGAGAAAGUGUGAAAGAAGCAAAUGCACAAAUUGGUUUCAUUUGCCUCAUUUACCCUGGUUGCAGAAUUCUGCUUUUCUGGGCAUGGAAAUUUGAAGUUGCUUUUCCAGCGUAGAGUCUAUUCUGAGCCUGCAUGUAGCUAAGUAAACCUGAGGAUUCCUCUUUCUUAACUAUCCCAUGCCUGGACUAAAAACCACACAUUCUACAAAUCCGUGUCAAAACAUGAAAAAGUUGUGUGGUUAGGAAUACAUUUGAGCUACUUUUAGUGGGUUGUGUAUUUUAUUCCCUCUGCAAAUUUUUGAGUGUUGUGGUUACAGAAGGGAUAUUCUGGGUAUCCAAGACAUCCCUGUCCAUGGAAAUUAAGAGAGUAUAUUGUACUGUGAACGGACACCUGGAAGACACUGAACAGUCAUGUUGGCUGGAUGCUGGAGAUGCUAUAAAGUGCCAAACUCUGUUGAGUGCUUAUGAUAUGAUAUAUUAAUAGCACUUCAUAUGUUGGUCAGAUGAACUCAGUGUGGUACACAGGGGAAAGAAUUGUGACCAGGGUUUAAACACACUGCUCCUAAGUGUAUCUAUCCACUCCUGACGUCCCUGAAGACAGAGCCAAGAAAAAGUUACCAAGGGAAUUGUUUUCCUAUGUCUUUCCGCAGCAAAGAUGCUCUUUAAACAAUCUACUAGUUUCAUUUUUAAAAUACUAAUUUAGUAUAAUUUCUCCCCAGGCUUGUCUUUCCACAGCAAAAGAGUAUCCAAAAUUUACAGCUACCUGUUUCAGAAAACCUGGCAAUUGCAAUGACAGAGUUAUAGCCAUGCCAGAGGACUAAGGGCUAGCUAAGUUGCUGUUUGGAAGUGUGCCAUUCCAGCUCUAGUUGCUUUUGGGUGGCAUAAUACCCCAUGCCUGCGACUGGAAAUUAACCCUUGACAGAUAUGCCGCCAUGUGCGUUGGGGAGAUAAAAUCUUAAAAGCCAUGGCAGCCUUGUUAUUUUUUGCAAAUAAGUGAAUCCACAUGAAGAUGCCAUUUAAUCUUGAGCCUCCAGUACACUGCAAGUGUAACAGCUAGGAUGCUGCUGGGUUCUGAUGUGAUUUAUAGAAGAUAAUACCUCCUGCCGCCACCUCUAAUACGGCAAAAAAUCAUGCCAUUUAAAACCAACUGGGUAAAGUCCUGCUGUUGAUUAGAGCUGUUUCUAUUUUCCUUAAUCAGGUUAAAUUUUAGAUUUGGUCAUUGCAUUAUUCAAGAUACAAUCAGUUUCAUCAUCAAGGGUCUGUUGCUUAGAUAAUUUUACUUUGUUGCCUCUUCUCCCAUCUUUUACAACGUUCCAUACUUUUCUUCCUCCUCUUCCUAUUUCUUUCAGUGCUCUUCAUCUCUUCCAGUCCCUGGAGAGUUCUCAGUAGGGUUAGACCUUUGUCUUUGACUUUUCUCAUUCCACUGUCACUUUCUGGCUACUCUCAUUCAGUCAAAAGUCUUUGGCUGCCUCCAUUGUGCUGAUAACUCCCCAAUCUGCUUUUCUGAUCUGAUCUCCCUCUCCAAACCUCAUCUAACCUGUAGAUGUCUGGGCACAAAGGUGACAAGCCUUGUUCCAGUUUCUCUGCUGGAAUUCUGCCUCACAUCUCCCAAGACCAGUGAAUGGUGACCUUGGUGUUUACUUUUUCAAUACAAUCCUCUUUGCUCUAGGAUUUGACAUGAAUGGGAACUUUGUUCCUAAGCCUAAUUGCCACCUAAGAGGGGCAGUUUGUGGGGGCAGGUGGGAGGGUUUAGAAAAAAAUGGGUCCCAUUUGCACUUGAACAACAAUUCACAGGACUGGAGAAAGAGAAGGGGGAGGAUGAUAACUUGAGAAGGGAAAAAACAGUGCAAGAGAGCAGGGAAGGUUUCAGAGGCUGUGUGACUGGGAGGGCAGGGUGUGGAUAUGAGAGAACAGUGUGUGUAUAUUUGUGUGAGUGGGUUGUGUAUUUGGUAUUAGCCCCCUCCACCUCUGGCAUGCGCCCCACAGAAGUUUCUCUGUGAGGAAAUGUGGCCCUCAGACUGAAAAUAUUUCACCACUACUUGUUCCUUCUCAGCAUCAGCAUGCCCUCCCCCCUUUUUUUGCAACCACUACUAGACCUCUUUUCCAUAUCUAGUAGUAACCUUGUAACUGCUGUGAAAAUGAGCCUUUUUUAAAGGGGGGGGGUGUGUCUCAUUUUCAAUGCCUCUCUUAAAACCGCCAUGAUUCCUUCUAGCCAGUGCUAUUUUUCUAGAAAAAGAGGUGCUGGAACUCACCACGAAUUCCUCCCUUGUUCUCUUAGAAUAGCAAUGGCACCCACCUGAGAGGUGCCAGAACUGAGUUUUGGUGAGUUCCGGCUGAAAAAAAGCUCUGCUUUUUGCUAUGAUCAAAUUGGCCUUCUCCUCAGCCUCUGUAUUGGUUCAGUUUGAAGCCCCUGGUACUUAUUUGAAAGCUGUUUGCUGCUUCUCAAAGCAUAUAUCAUGCAUAAGAAUGUACACCAAGUGAAUUCAUGAUAUAUGGUAUCUGAAUAUCAGAGAGAAGCAGUUGAGGUUUGGUUCAGUGCAUGUAUGCACACAUACUGCUUCAGCUUUCUGAACAAUGCCUGGCAGACCAAGGAUAGUCACAAUUUACUAGCAACAACAGUAGAAGACUCUACCUGGACAGAGAUAUUGAGUGGCUUUCCAUUAAUCUCAGAUGAUUCAGCAGCAGGAUAGAAGCCACCUUAUUAGAAGCACUGUUUAGAGAAGCCAGUUUUGAGUAUCUGCAUAAUGUGACUCUCCCUUAUUUUGCCGACCAUGUGAAGGAAAUGAUGUGACUUGAUCAUAACACUGUAAAUUUGACUAACCCCCCUCAAGUCAAUUUCUGAAUCCCAAGCUCCAAAUUCAGGCUUGUACUGAAAAUAACUCUCUCUAUUUAAUUGUGGCUCCACACACACA